AUAGUUGUCGUCAGCAAAGGAAUGGGGGAAAACAAAUUUUGGUUUUGAUUAAUAAUACUGUUUUUUUGCUGGAUGACAUUCUUAAAUAUUACAUUUGUGUUGCAUUUUUAAUAUAAUGCUUUUUAUGUGUUCUUCUAGCCAUUAUAAUUUUUAAAAAUGCGUCGUAGCCAUGCUUCGGAUUCAUACACAGCUUACAACCAAAAUACUGUGGAAGGUGAAAAUGAACAUCUAACAGAUGAAUUGGGGAAUAAAAUUAGCGCUCUAAAAUCUCUCUCAAUUGAUAUUGGUCAUGAAGUUCGAGCACAGAAUCAGAUGCUUCGGGAAAUGGAUGACGAUUUUGACUCCACUUCCGGAUUUUUGUCUACAACUAUGGGAAGAGUCUUGAAACUUGCUAGAGCUGGCCAUAACCGUUAUAUCUUAUAUUUAUUACUUUUUUCCUUCUUUGUGUUCUUUGUUAUUUAUAUCAUUUUAAAAUUUCAGUGAUUUUUCUUAUAAGUACAAUUUUGUAAAAUAUUAAUAACAGAUAAGUUUUUCAAUUCAUGUUUUACAGAAAUGUGUAUUGAAUGUAAUUAUGAAUAAAGAGAUUUGUUUUUAUGUUAUAAAUGUUUUAUAACAUUUCUUGUAAGGUUUUGCAAUUAUGUAUAACUUUUGUGGAAUUCCAUAAUAUAACUUAUACAUUCUAAAAAAAUAUUUUCUAAAAUGUAAAAUAUUUUGCUAUAUUUUUUAUUUAUAAUUUUAAUGAUGGAUUGUUAAUUAUAUUACAUUUGCAAUAUACAAAGCAAACAC